GACACCAUGCAGGUGAUAAAGGGACAGCAAGUCAACUCUGCUCUGAAGGCAGAUCUAUUCAAGUGCAACAAAAAAUGAACACUACCGUCACACCAACCGAGCCCCCACAGGGUACCUGUCCACGCAGCCGGCUUCUUAAUGUCACUGGACCAAGGGUCUACACAGCAGGAGAAUAUCCUGGCUCGUACGCUUACGGAGCCUGGGGUCGUGAUCCCAGACCAGAGGAAGGCAAAGAAAGCUGGUACUGGCUGGUCAUGUUGACUUCCAGUAAUAUAUAUGCCCACUAUGUUCGUCUUUACAGCAGUCUGAGUUCUCUCAUCAUUGGAGUGAGCGUCCCAGGUAACGUCCAGAUCCACUCCUCAAACCCAACUACCAACACCAUCCAGGGUCCAAAUAAUGUUCUGUAUGGAGGGGCUUUGUACUACAACUGUUACAACCAAGAUUAUGUUUGUCGAUUCAAUCUCACCACUAAAAGUGUCACAACCUUACAACUACCAAAAGGCACCAGGUACAACUCAAAAGGUAACUUCUGCCAUCUUGAGGAAUGCUACCCAUACACUGACCUGGACCUGGCAACAGAUGAGUCUGGUAUCUGGGUGGUCUACACCACCACUCAGGACUUUGGCAAUUUGGUUCUCUCCAAGCUAGAGGAGGGUGAAACACCGGUGCUUGGAAAGACCUGGCGCACUUCAAUCUACAAGCGGGCAGUGACCAACACCUUCAUGGCGUGUGGCGUUCUCUAUGCAACACGUUACAUUAACAAGGAGGUCGAGGAGAUCUUUUACUCAUUCAACACCGUGACGGGACAGGAGAAGUUCAACAUUGGCAUCUUCAUGAACAAGAUGUCUACCAACAUUCAAAGCCUAAAUUACAGCCCUGUGGACCAGAUGCUGCAUGCUUACUGUGACUCCAACAUGGUUUCCUACAAGGUGUUGUUUGGGUAAAUUGUUAUGUUGAUGCUUAAAGCCAAUUUUCACAUAAAUGAAAUAAACAUU